GUAUGUUCAUAGUCAGAGAGCCGUGUUCUUUUGAUUCAUUGUUGCUUUCAGCGCAUUGCAAUAAGUUUCGUGUUUGCGAGAUACAGUUUAUAGAUUACUAAAAGGUUUUCAUCGGCUGUCUCAACGAUAUGGCAGCGACUAGUGAUCCAAGCCUUCUGGAUGGUUUGUCCUGCGAAGACUUAUUCCGUAAAAGUGACGGCUUGACUUACAACGAUUUCAUCAUUCUUCCUGGUUACAUCGAUUUCACUUCCGACGAUGUGGAUCUAUCAUCGCCUCUUACGAAGAAAAUUAUGCUCAAGGCGCCGCUGGUUUCAUCGCCUAUGGACACUGUAACGGAAGCCGAUAUGGCAAUUGCUAUGGCGUUGUGCGGGGGCAUUGGAAUUAUACAUCACAAUUGUAGUCCGGAAUUUCAAGCUAACGAGGUACACAAAGUGAAAAAAUACAAGCAUGGAUUCAUCAGAGAUCCGAUGGUCAUGAGUCCAGAAAACACUGUAGCCGAUGUUUUGGAGGCUAAAAGAAAGAAUGGAUUCACCGGAUACCCCAUCACUGAACAUGGUCGCCUAGGGGAGCGAUUAAUUGGCAUCGUUACAUCGAGGGAUAUUGAUUUUCGCGAAGAAGACGUCGACACCAAACUCCGGGAUAUCAUGACGAAGAUAGACGACAUGGUGACCGCACCGAGUGGAGUAACUCUGCAAGAAGCUAAUCAUAUUCUGGAGAAAAGCAAAAAAGGAAAACUGCCAAUUGUGAAUAAAAAUGGCGAAUUGGUUGCAUUGAUCGCUAGAACUGAUCUCAAAAAAGCUAGAAGCUAUCCGAAUGCGUCUAAAGAUAGCAAUAAACAACUGCUGGUCGGUGCGGCAAUUUCAACGCGAGAAGAUGACAAGGAACGCUUAGAAUUGUUAGUUCAAAAUGGUGUUGAUGUGGUAGUCUUAGAUUCUUCGCAAGGAAACUCAGUCUAUCAAAUCAAUAUGAUUAAAUACAUCAAACACACCUAUCCAGAUCUGCAAGUGAUUGCUGGAAACGUUGUUACUCGCCAGCAAGCGAAAAACCUAAUCGAUGCCGGUUGUGAUGCACUGCGUGUUGGUAUGGGUUCAGGCUCUAUUUGCAUCACACAGGAAGUAAUGGCAUGUGGGUGUCCGCAGGCAACCGCCGUUUAUCAAGUUAGUAAACUAGCUCGCGAGUAUGAAGUUCCCAUUAUCGCUGAUGGAGGCAUUCAAUCGAUUGGACAUAUUAUGAAGGCUCUAUCACUGGGUGCUUCCGCUGUGAUGAUGGGAUCUUUGCUCGCUGGUACUUCGGAAGCUCCCGGUGAAUAUUACUUUAGUGAUGGCGUUCGACUUAAAAAGUAUCGUGGAAUGGGUAGUUUGGAAGCUAUGGAGCGUAAAGACGCCAAGGGUGCAGCAAGUUCGCGGUAUUAUCAUACGGAUAUUGAUAAACUACGCGUUGCACAGGGCGUCAGCGGAAGUAUCGUGGACAAAGGAUCUGUGCUUAGAUUUUUGCCAUAUUUACAGUGUGGCUUGCAGCACAGUUGUCAGGAUAUUGGAACCAAAUCUAUCACCAAUCUGAAGGAAAUGAUCUACAACGGGGAACUUCGUUUCAUGAGACGCACACAUUCGGCUCAGGCAGAAGGAAAUGUUCACAGCUUGUUCUCAUAUGAGAAACGACUGUUUUAAGUUCAAAAAAGUAAUGAGGGUUCGAUAGUAUAUCGUGAAAUAAACAAGCUGGGGAAAAGUCGUCUUCUAGACUAUUUUUCAAAUAUACAAUAGUACUUUAGGCUUAAAAGUCAAUUUUCAAGUGUCAAGUGUUAAUAAUAAAACUAUUUAAAAUAGUAGUGAUGUUUAACGGAACAUUUUAAAAGGCUUACAACUGUUAGGGAUUAUUUUUAACUUUAUCGAGUAUUAUAAGUCUGGCAAAAAUAGAAACAAACCUUCUAAAUAUAAUUUGGAGAGUCCGCAUUUUUGUUUAAUCGAAUUUUAAAUAUUGUGAUAGGAGAACCUAUUUUUUCAGUUUUUUUAAAUUUGCUUUUAGUUAGAUUUCCCAGUGUAUUUAGUAAAGCAUGUUCACACAAUGUCAGGAUGUUCAGUUUAUCAUAGCAUAACAAAACAAAUGUCUAGAAGCCAUAGAAAUUAUUGACCAAAUAAAUGUUAAUAAUCGACGGAAAGAAAACAUUUAGAAAAUAAACACAGUGGCCGUAAUAAAAUA